GUCAGUAUUCUGAGACCUUCGCUAGGUGGCUGCUGUUUGGAGAGAGUAUCAUGGCGUCAGGAACGGGAGAGUCGUCCACUGGACACGAUGCAGAAUUAGACGAAUUGUUGGACAGUGCGUUGGAUGACUUUGAUAAGGCGUCUGCCCCUCCAGCCCCUGAACCUGCAGCUGCUUCCUCUUCAGCCAGCGCUGGUUCAGUGAAGGCCCCCCUGCUUGAGGACUCCAAACUCUUUGAGACUCUUUUUGAGGGGGACAUGGCUACCCAGGCCAAGGAGGAGUGGGAGAAGGCCAUGACAGAGUUGGCCCAGGAGGAACCAGAACUUAUCCAGCAUUUCCAAAAACUGUCAGAGGCUGCAGGGAAAGUUGGCACUGACACAGCCUCCCAGCAAGAAUUCACAUCCUGUCUUAAAGAAACGCUCCGUGGCCUUGCCAAAAAUGCAGACAACCUACAGUCAACUGGAUUAGCUGGAGAUGACCUGGUCAAGGCUCUAGAAGGUCUGGGACUGGAUGAAGGUGGUGAAGGAGGUGCUGAUGAUGGGAACAUCCUGCCUAUCAUGCAGUCUAUCAUGCAGAAUCUUCUCUCAAAGGAAGUGCUUUAUCCAUCUCUUAAAGAGAUCUCCACCAAGUACCCAGAGUGGCUGGAAACCAAUAAGUCAAGUCUCAGUGGGGAGGACUACCAGCGCUAUGAGCAGCAGGCCAAAAUCAUGGGAGAGAUCUGUAAUCUCUUUGAGAGGGAGGGAGAGAGUGCAGAAGAUAAAGAGAGGAUGUUUGAAAGUGUCAUGGACUUGAUGCAAAAGCUGCAAGAUCUCGGCCAGCCACCAAAGGAGUUGGCAGGUGAUGCGCCUCCUGGCUUAAACUUUGACAUGGACUCCCUCAACCUCCCAGGAGGCCCUGGAGCUGGAGUGGCAGAGCAGUGCUCCAUCAUGUGAUCGGGCAGAGAUACGGUCCAUCAGAAGGUCUGGAGCCAUGGUCACUCUCUGUUUGCCAGCAACAGGGAGGGAUGACGGAGUGUGAAGCAAUGGUCAGGCAGGAGUUUGAGCAGACCGUUAACACUGUUCUCCUUUUAAGACAGCAAGUUCAAAAAUGAGGAGCCACUAAAAACUGGGAAAACACUCUCAAUCUCACCAUCUUUGUAAAAUCAUUGAAAACACAACUGAGAAUAUCUGAACAUCUCUGCAAAAGUUAAUAAGCAGUUGCCACAGCUCCAUCCUAGUUCAUUUUAAGAAGAUAUUAAUGAGAGGAACGGACCACUGCCCUUCUUCAUGUUGUUUUUACAUACUGUUUAGCCACAUGGUAAAUUCUAUCAAACCAUUUUAUGGGUUUAAACAGUGCCUUCUCAUAAUUUAAGUUAUUAUUUUAGGUCUUAUAGGUGCAUCCUUCUGCUAUCAUUCGCCUAAGCACUUUAGAUUAUAGUUUUUAAAGAUAUGAACUUGCAGUUUCAUCCCAGGUUUUCAUCAGGUAGAUCCCAUUGUUUGGUAUUUAAUACAAACUAAUAUCUGUAUAGGUUUAAAGAAAUGGACUGAUUAUUAACAUGCAAUAUAAUUGAAAAAAAGUAAGAGUACAUCUGUUAAUUAUUUAAAAGAUUUAAAGAUCAGAGAGGAGUUUGUGCCUCAAGACGUUCCUGGCACCUUUAAUGAGACCCAUAUCCCAAAUGUCAUUUCUUGUUCCCAUUUAUUGAUUUGAAGUGAUGUACAUUAUGAUUCCUGGAUGCCUUUGCUGUGGUGACAGUGAUCAUUGUGUGUUGAGUUACUGUGCAAAGUGCUUCCCAUGUGUUUCCUCCUGUUUUUGAUGUACUGUGAUGGUUUCUUUUGAUUUGGAGUCCCUGCUAGAAAAGACAAACUCCCAAAGUGGGAUUUGAGGGUUCUAAUUGCCUGAUGACAUUAAUUUAAGUCAGUUAAAAUUCCAUUAAUUUCCACC